UGGCGCCCACAUUUGAAGCACCGGGGUCAGGACAUCCCGGCAACGGCUUCUAUCAAAGCUGACAAAGAGCAUUUGCUCACCUUUGAUCUGACCAAGGCCCUGCUUCUACCGAGCGACGUGGUCGGCAGCGACCACGUCCCAGACACCCGGUUGGUCAAAUCGUCGGUGAAGUCCAUGGCCAGGGCCAUUCAAAAACAACACUUGGUUUUGGAGCGCAUCCACCGGCUUAGGCAGAAAGCCAACGACACUGCCAGCCAGGUUGAAAGCCUUCAAGCCGAGCUCGGCCGGGCUAAAGCUUCUCUCGAGAUGGCCAAUGCGGAUAAUAAUAGGCUGCUCAGUCAGCUGAAUGCAGCCGAGAAGAAACAAAGUGAGCUCCAGACCGAGGUGGACACCCUUAAGAAGUCAGAGAAGAAAGCUUGCCGGGCUGCUAACAACGCCGGUUUUAACGAGGCCGAGCAGAGCUAUAAAAAGCAAGUCUUCGCUACUCAAGACAUCUACUUCAAGGCCGAAUAUUCAUGCUCUGCUGUUGCUAUCCAACAUGAAUCCUCUGUUUUGCCGUUCUUUUUGUCAAGUUUCUCUCUCACUUCGCUUGGCUUGUGA